UUAAUCUUUUUUUUUUUUUAGGCUCUAGGAAGCAGGAUGCCGCAAGUGCCUCUGGGAAAAGUGAUCCUUUAUACCAGUGUGAUGACUAGUGGGGGCUGUGCCCUUGUGUAUUACCUUACACAAAAAGCUUUUUCCAGGGCUUCCUAUUACCAGUUGGCACUGGAGCAGCUGCAUGGCCACCCUGAGGCCCUGGAAGCUCUGGGCCCUCCUCUCAACACUCACCAUCUCCAGCUCACGGACAAGUACAACUUUGUGGACAUCGCUGAUGCCAAGGACAAUUGAUGUGGCAGGGAAUGCAGUGUUUGUGCUCAAGUGCCAUUUUGAACCGAUAGAGAAAUGACCAGUGGUAGUUGGCCACCACGUAUUUCAGCUUCAAACUUGAAAUAUAUCUACAGACAGUUAACGCUUAUUCAAAUGUAAACAACUUCUUUAAAUUUUAGUUUUGAAGCUUAUUUAUUUACAUUGAUUGUCUGGAAUGCCAGUCUAUUUUUUCCAGCUAUAUUUUGUCUUCUUUCAUAGUUUAGCUAUUAAACCUCAGCCAAAUAUAAAAUGCAUUUGUUCUUCUGUUUAACAAAUAUGUGUUGAGUACAUUCUGAGCUAGAAAAGUGAUUCUAAGUUGUGUGGGGAAUACAGAAAUGCAGAAGGCUUUCUGGGAGUUUAUAGUUUAAAAUUCCAGAAUAAGACAGGGUGAAG